UGAAAAAAAGUGCAGCACUUCCUCAAACAUGAUCGACCUCCUCCGUCUUUUAUGCCUCCCCUCCCACUAGGUACUUUUUCAAUACAAAACACGCCGCAGAAGGCAGACAGACCAGCUGUGAGGAGCAGUAGUCCGUAGCUAAUGGCAAGUUUGAAGGCCAGUUCAGGACAGAGCGCUCUACAUCGGACACUUUGUGCGGUCGUCAGAGUAACCGCAUUGUUCCUCGCCUUGGCUGCAUGUCUGCCCAGGUGCACAGAAUGCGCGAAGACAAGCAACAUUGUGCUAAUUGUAACCGACGACCAGGAUGUUCAACUUGGCGGACUGACACCAAUGAAAAAGGCCAGUGCGUUAAUAGGGGAUGCUGGCGUCACCUUUUCUAACGCAUUCACAGUUACCCCACUGUGCUGUCCGAGUCGCAGCAGCAUCUUCACAGGUAAAUACCCACACAACCAUGAGGUCCGGAACAACUCCUUAUCCGGCAACUGUAGUAGCCCUGCGUGGCAGAAGGAUUCUGAAUCCCUGGCCUUCCCUGUCUACCUCAGUAAGAACGGAUACCAGACAUUUUAUGGGGGGAAAUAUCUCAACCAGUAUGGCAAGAAGGAGGCGGGCGGCGUGGAGCAUGUACCGCCUGGUUGGGACCAAUGGAACGCACUGGUAGGGAACUCCGUGUACUACAAUUACACUCUCUCAGUGAACGGUAAAGAGGAGAAGCACGGAGAUGACUACAACAAGGACUACCUGACAGAUCUUAUCUUGAACAGAUCGUUGCACUUCCUGGACGAUAGGAGCCCCCAGCACCCGUUCUUCAUCAUGCUGUCCCCCCCGGCCCCCCACUCCCCCUGGACAGCGGCCCCCCAGUACCAGAAGGCCUUCGGUGAUGUGAAGGCCCCACGGGAUGGAAGUUUUAAUAAACCAGGCAAAGACAAGCACUGGCUCCUGCGACAACCUGUGAACCCGAUGCCCGAGAGCUCUGUGAACUAUUUAGAUGAUGCAUUCCAAAAAAGGUGGCAGACACUUCUCUCCGUUGAUGACAUGGUGGAGAUCCUGGUGAAAAAACUGGAGGACCUGAAGGAGCUUAAUAACACCUACAUCUUCUACAUGUCAGACAAUGGAUACCACACAGGUCAAUUCUCGCUGCCCAUCGACAAGAGACAACUGUACGAGUUUGACAUCCGUGUGCCUCUCAUGGUCCGUGGGCCAGGUAUUCAGGCCAAACAAACCCUACCUGCUCCUGUGCUAAAUAUCGAUCUGGCCCCGACUAUCCUGGACAUAGCCGGAGUCAAUCUGACUCAAGUCAACAUGGAUGGCCAGUCCUUCCUGCCACAGAUGGCCCCUUCACUGCGCAACGGAACCGCCCGCUCUUUCUUCCUGGUGGAGUACACAGGGGAGGGACACCCCUCAGAGCCUGCUUGCCCAAAGCUGGGGCCUGGCCUGGCUCACUGCUUUCCAGACUGCACUUGUGAGGAUGCCUUCAAUAACACGUACGCCUGUGUGAGAACGCUGACUGGCUGCAACCUGCAGUACUGUGAGUUUGCAGACAGCGAGGCAUUCGUGGAGGUGUACAACCUGACAUCAGACCCUCAUCAGCUGGAGAACAUUGUGAAGAAGGUGGACCCCACCCUGCUGCAGACCAUGAACCAACGGCUCAUCAAGCUACAGUCCUGCGUGGGAAGCAGCUGCCGUGACAACAGCAAAUACUAACUCUUCCCCAGCCAACCGACCAUCCCCAGCAUGGACGCACCUGUGUCCGUUCAGAUGAGGGAAAUGAAAAUGUGUGAAAACACCAGAGGGAUUUUAAUUUAGGCUGCUCCCUGGAAAAUCAGUAUUGUCAGAUCAGGUGGCCAUUCCAUAACCAUUUUGUUUGCCAGCCUAAACUUAGAGGUUUUGAUUAUAGUCUGGUUUUAGCAGAGGUUUACUUUACAAAUAACCAGUGCCCUGUCAAUAUCCUUGCAGAGGGACUAAGGGUAGCUGUGUUAUAUAUAUUUUUUCUUUCGUUUCAGCACUUUCAUGGAGGAUGAGAGAUGAACACUGUAUGAUGAAGUGAAACUCAAUGAGUUUGGUCCUGCUGUAAUGUUUGAAGGGAAUGUCUGAUCUUUAAGUGUUUUAACAUGCAGUCGUAUGUCUCAGUCUGUCAGCGUGAUGCUAUGUCUCUCCAUGGUUUUCUUUAACCUCCGAAUACGAGAUCUGAUAUACAGCUGCAUUCCUAUUCCAUUGGAAACUGAAAACGGAUGCCUGACAUGAUAUGAGCCAAAGUCUUGUUUAUUCUGUUUAUGACCGAAUAAUUUGUGAUUUUUACGUAAGUGUACUUGGCCUAAUGUAUACAUUAAGGUUAUUGGAGAUAAAAGGGAUUUUAAACAUUAUGCGGAUCCUUUUAUUUAAAAAAAAAAAAAAAACUGUGAUUGUGCCUUAUCCUUUGCACUGAAAUAGUAUGGAUGCCUUUAUAUGACAGAAAUAUGGUGAAAUUGUGAGGGGAAAAAUCAAUAAAAUUAUCAUUGAUAAAAAAA